ACAAAUGACAAAGAAAAGGAUCAGACAGGACAAUGAUGAAACUUUCCUUUGGUUCACGGUUACAUCAUUUGGCGAUGGCGGCGACAUCGGGAGCGAAGAUUACGGCGACUGAGCCACCGAAGAUAGUUUGGAACGCGGGGAAACACCGGUUCGAAACCGAAGAUCACGAAGCUUUCAUCGACUACAAACUGAGAAACAACGGAAAAGUAAUGGAUCUGGUCCACACCUACGUCCCUUCCUCAAAACGAGGGUUAGGUUUAGCUUCCCUCCUAUGCAUCGCCGCCUUCGAACACGCUUCCUCUCACUCCCUCUCCGUCGUCCCUUCCUGCUCCUACGUUUCCGACACGUUUCUUCCUAGGAACCCGACGUGGAAGCCUCUGGUUCAUUCGGAGGAUCCCAAGUCUAGCAUCUGAAGUAAGACUCGUUUUAACAUUAUUGUUAAGUUUGUGUCUCAAUGUCAGUUGUUGGUUGUGUAAUCUUUUAAAACCUUGUACUCAAGAUCUGUCGGAGACAGAUGUAAUGAAUCUGUAAUAAUGAAGUCUUUGAAUGUCUUAACAUGACAGUUGAAGCACAUCAAAAAAAUUCCACAACGAUCAUAUUAUUGUAAAUGAAUAAAGAUUUUCCAUUUUUUUGAA